AUGAUGGAAACUGAGGAUGAAAUUGCCAUCGUGGGGAUUGGAUGCCAUUUUCCUGGAGGUGAAGGAACUGAUAAUUUCUGGCAGGUGCUAAUAGAAGGCAGAAACUGUACUACAGAAAUACCACUGGAGAGAUUUGACUCUAGCGAGUGGUACGAUCCAGACAACAGCAAACCAGGAAAAACAAGCACAAGACAUGCAGCUUUAAUUGAAGAGUUUAAUGCAUUUGAUAAUAAGCUUUUUGGAAUUAAUGGAACGGAAGCAGAACGCAUGGAUCCCCAGCAGAAGCUACUUUUAGAAUGCACUUAUAGAGCACUGGAAGAUGCAGGAGUCACUAGAGAAAAUAUUAGCAACUCCAAAGUAGGAGUUUUUGUCGGUAUGAUGAAUCGAGACUAUGAGCACAUAAGCAGCAAGGCCACCACUGAAAUAAACCAUUAUGAUGGCACUGGGGCAGCAAUGAGCAUCGCUGCCAAUCGGAUUUCAUACACUUUUAAUCUCACUGGGCCAUCUCUUGCCAUCGACACUGCUUGUUCCUCAUUUCACUAUGCUCUGCAUUUUGCCUGCCAUGCAAUUAAACAAGGGGAUUGUGACGCUGCUCUUUGCGGAGGAGUGAACUGCAUCAUAGAUCAUCGAAUGUUUAUCCCUCUUAGCAAAGCAAAAAUGAUUGCCUCUGAUGGAAUAAGCAAACCUUUUUCAACAAAGGCAGAUGGCUAUGGAAGAGGAGAAGGUUGUGGCGUUCUUUUGCUGAAAUCAUUGAAAAAGGCACAGGAAGAUUUCAACAGAAUAUGGGGUGUUAUCAGCAUCAGUGCUGUCAACCAGAAUGGAAGGUCUGUCACUCCAAUCACCAAACCAUCUCAACAAGAACAGGAAAACUUGCUACGCAGCAUUUAUCCUUCUCACGUUCAUCCAUCCACCGUGCAGUACAUAGAGGCGCAUGGCACAGGAACACCUGUGGGAGAUCCCACCGAGGCCGAGAGUAUAGGCAACGUCAUUGGUAAAAAGAGGCCUCCUCACCUGCCCGCUCUCAAGAUGGGCUCUGUGAAAGGGAACAUUGGGCACACAGAGUCAGCUGCUGGGGCUGCAGGCUUAAUCAAGGUUCUUCUCAUGAUGCACCAUGGAAAGAUUGUCCCCUCCUUGCACUUUUCGGAGAGCGUCAGCAGCAUCAACACACAGCAAUUAAACCUCUCCAUUCCAACCAGUGUGGAGAAGUGGGAGGAGUCUAGUGAGCUUGGCAGGGCAGCUGGGGUCAACUGUUUUGGAUUUGGGGGGACUAAUGCCCACGUUGUUGUCAGACAAGUUAAACAAACCCAGGUUCUUCCCCCAAUCAAAAGGCCUGUUGAACUGUUUGUCCUUUCUGCAGCUUCAGGUAAAUCUCUCAGACUGACAAUGGAAGACACUGCUAGACGUGUGAAUACGAGUGAGUCAGUAACACUCCCAAGUGCGGCCUAUACUUCGGCAUGCAGGAGAAGCCACAUGAACUUCAAAUACAGGAAAGCCUUUGUGGCAUCUUCUCUGCAGCACUUGAAACAGCAGUUUCUCUCUGCAGCUGAAACGGAAAUAGUUCCGUCCAAGAAAGCUCCACAACUGAUUUUUGUCUUCUCUGGGAAUGGUCUGAAUUUGAAAGGGAUAUUCAAAAAUUUGCUGCAAUCGGAACCUGUGUUCAGAGACAAAUGUAAAGAAAUAGAGGGAUUAUUCCAGCAACUCAUUCCUCUUAGUAUCCUAGGACUGGCCGAAAGCGACCGUGAUGAUUUGACAAGGCCCGAAAUAGCCCAGCCCUUACUCUUCACCCUGCAGGUGGCCUUGGCCACACUGCUGCAGCACUGGGGAAUUAAGCCUACUGCAGUUGUUGGCCAUUCAGUUGGUGAGGUUGCUGCCGCCCAUUGCGCUGGCUUUAUUUCCCUGGAAGAUGCUGUCGAGGUCAUCCAUCACAGGAGCAGGUUACAGGCUAAGGUCACCGGAGGCAGAAUGCUGGUUGUCGGUAACAUCCCCGUUCAAGAAGUGUCAGAGGCCAUUGGAGCAUACUCUAGGAAGGUCUGCGUUGCCGCAUUUAAUAGCCCUCAGUCUUGUACCUUGUCAGGAGACGCAGGUUCCAUCAAAGCCAUUCAGAAAGAUCUAGUUGAACGUUUUGGUGGAAGGAAUGUUUUCCUUCAUGUUUUAAAUGUACCAGCUGCAUAUCACAGCCACAUGAUGGAUCCAGUACUACAGGAAUUGGCAGGGAGUCUAUUAGGAUUAAAGAAGUGGAAGCCAGAAAUUGAUCUAAUUUCUACUGUAACAGGGAAGGUGGCUUCAGAAGAUGAUAUUGUGUCAGGCAACUACUGGGCCAGACAAGUUCGUGAUCCUGUUUCAUUUGCUCAGGCCAUUAUGUCUUCUGUGAGAGAGAAGCCAAAUGUUGUGUUCAUUGAAAUUGGUCCCCACAGAGCAUUGCAGAGAUAUAUCACGGAAACGUUAGGAAAGGAAACUAAAGUUUUUUCUUCCUUGCAAGCUGACAGAGAGUAUGAGGCACUUCUUACACUCGUAAAAGGCCUGUUUGAACUUGGGUUCAAUCCAGAUUGGUCACAUCUCUAUGAUGGAUAUCAAAGUGUACCAGCAAGCUAUCCCAGGUACCAGUUUGAACAUAUGAAGCUGAACUCCCACAUAAACAUGUUGCAACAACCAAUUCAAAAAGCUGCAAACUUAAACCACCCUUUUAUUCACAGCGUUAACCAUAAUAAUACAGAAGUGAAGUGUUCUGUGUCUCAGGCACAAACACCAUACCUAUAUGAGCACAAGCACAGUGGUGUUGCUCUAAUCCCUGGUGCCUUUUUUGUUGAACUUGCACUGGCAUCUGUGAUGACUUGUUCAAGGCCAAAAAAUCCCUUCAGUUUGAGUCAGAUAAGCCUGAAGUUUACAGCACCGUGCAUUUUAAGUGAGAGCCCCCAUGAUUUGAAGGUAAAUGUGGAAUUACACAACACAGUGAAAGAAUUCAGAAUACUGUCUUCAUCAGGCGCAAUUUAUGCAACAGGACAAGUCACAAGGAAUCCAGAGACCCCUGUUCAAGAAAAGAGCAUUUCCUAUACAGAUGUUUUUCAACGCUGUCAAUCAUUUGUGAGCAGAGAUGAGAUUUAUGAAACAUUGUCCUCUUUUGGAUUUCAGUAUGGUUCAAUAUUUAAGCAGUUAAAUGAUGUAUUUUACUGUAAAGAACUGAAAGAAGCUGUAACCAUCCUCAGGGUUAACAAAGAAACUACAGACGGAAUGCAUGAUUAUUUUAUCCAUCCAGUGCUCUUGGACUGUUUUCUACAAAUGACAGUGGUGAUAAUUCAGAAAACUUCCAUGAAUUAUAUUGGAUUACCUUCUGGCAUAAGCAGCCUUGUAAUCGUUAGACCUUUGGAAGAGGAAAUGAUGAUAUAUCUGAAAAUGAGCAAUUCUACAGAGAACUACAUAGAUUUUUGUGGAUGCUUUACAGAUAAACAUGGCUCUGUUUUGGCAGAGGUGAAACACAUCAGAAUCACUUUUAUGAAGAAAACUUCCCAAAAUGAGACUGAUUCUUUGUAUGAAAAUAAGUGGAAGGAAGUAACUAAUUCCCAAAUAAUCCAGAACUUGCCAAAAACAUUCAAAGUGGCAGUGUUUGCUGACAAGAUGGGAAUAUCUCAGCAACUCAAAAAAUUCUUACAUAAAGAUUCUAGGUUUUUGGUCUACGAAGACUGGGAGAAAUUGUUGGAAAUCAGAAGCUUGAAAUUGCCUGCACAGGAAAAAAUUAAACUGGAACUGCAGGAUUACAAUGAUGUUUUGUUUAUGUGGGGAAUCCACCGAUUAAAUGAAGGAAAUCCAGACUCCCUAGUUGCAGAUUUGUCAAAAUGCUGUGAAGCUCUUCGGCAAGUUAUUAUUGUUUUGAGAAAGAAGAACAUUCAUUGUUCCAUCAAGAUAAUCACAUAUAGGACUACAGAGAGGUCUGUAGACCACAUUAAUCCUGGCUUUGCUUUGUAUGGCAUGGUGCGAAGCUGUAUGAUUGAAGUUUCCGAAAUCACAUUUCAGAUGAUUGACAUCAGCUCAACAAGCACAAUGGACAUCUCAGCCUUAGCAGACGUUUUACUAGAAUAUGAAGCACAGAAAUAUCCUGAAGUUUGGAUUAACCAGGGAAGAGUUUACACUUCUGAAAUCAGACAGAGUCAUGUUCAUGAUAUGGCAAACGAUCCCCCUUUCCAGUCUCUAAAAAACUCUGAGUGCUUCACUCUUUACACUUCUGAUCCAUAUGAAGCAAGGGACUUAUCUGCUGAGCUGGCUGAUAACACUAAUAUUCCUCUGGAUGAUCACAGUGUUGAAAUUCAGAUUGAGAAAAUAAGUCUGCAUUCUGAAGACUACUUUCCUGUUAGUGUCUCUAGCUGUAACUUUGGAAAUUCAUUAUACUGGAAUUCGCAGACAGUUGACAAGCAUCAGCUCUUAGCUCUCGACUGUAGCGGGAAAGUAGUUGCAACUGGCAGCAAAGUGAAAAAAGUCAAAGUGGGAGACCACAUUGUUUCAUGUUAUCCUGUUACUGCAUCUUCCAGAAUCAGGAUCCCAGAGGUGGUAUGCUUGAACACUCAGAACUUCCCAUGCUUUGAAACUGUGCCAUGUGUGUCCUUCUUUAGAAUAGCAUGGGAAAUUUUGCAUCGGACAUUGCCAGAAAUGAAGCAGAAGGGCUCUUUAGGCAUUAUUUCUAUUGAACCAGAGUCAGUUUUGUGCAAAGUGCUUAAUCUGUCAGCUCAGGAAGCAGGAUGGAAAACCAUAUGUACAAGACCUGGCAGUAACAUCAAUCAAUGCAAUGCCCUUGUUUUCCUGCCUCCAGUAAAAAAACUGCCUACAGAUAUUUUAGCUCAUCUUUCACGCCUCCAGCAUGUCAUUAUGGUGAGUGGCAACCUACCCUCUGAAAGUCUGAGAUCUCUCACUGGAAGUGGUCAUGAGAACUUCCAAGUUCAUGUUCUCAUACUGGCCAGCAUUUUCCAGAAGGCAUUUCUGAAACAAUCUCAGAAACUUUUCAUCAGGUGGAUGAAAUCAAAGCAAAUGAAGCAAUUUAAGAGCUUACCCUGUUCAGUUUUUCAACAGGCAAACAAUUGUGAGACUGUGGAUUCUGCAUUAUCAUCAUAUUUUACAAGCAAGUCUAUCUACCUCACUGUGCUGAAAAGUGAUGUGCCUAAUAGUUUUAUUUCAGACAUACCUGUGUAUGACACCAAGGAGAAAAUAUUUAAGCACAAUGCAGUUUACAUUGUCAUAGGGGGACUUACUGGGCUUGGGUUUGAAACAGUUAGAUUUAUUGCUGAAAAUGGAGGAGGAUGCAUUGUGAUACUUUCGCGAAGAAACCCAAGUGCUGAGAAGCAGGAAGAAAUAAGGGUUUUGCAGCAUCAGAGUAAAGGGAGCAGAAUAAUCAGCCUGCAGUGCAAUGUCAUCUUCAGGUCCGAUGUCGAGAAAGCUGUCAGGGCAAUCAGCAGCAUCUUUCCCAAGUGCCCAAUCAAAGGGGUGUUCCACGGUGCUGUAGUUUUACAUGAUGGAUCCGUUGAAGCCUUGACUGUGUCUGACUUUGAGGAAGUUUUCAGUCCUAAGGUGGCAGGAGCCAUGAAUCUUCACCAUGCUACCCAAGGGCAGGAUCUGGACUAUUUUGUGUGUUAUUCAUCAGUUGCUUCAUUUCUUGGAAAUUCAAUGCAAGCAAACUACGCUGCGGCCAAUUCCUUCCUGGACCUUUUCUGCCAUUAUAGGAGAAACUGUGGACUUGCAGCACAGUCCAUUAACUGGGGUGCCUUGAAUCUUGGACUACUGCAAAAUCGAAAUGAAAUUCAAAAUUUGUUAGAAUCCAAGGGUAUAGCAAUCUUGCAAGUGAAUGAUUUUCAUGAGUAUCUUAAAAGAUGUUUAAUUCUGAACAAUCCUCAGCAAGCUGUUGUAAGGCUGAACUUCAAAACUUUGUAUGGUAAUUCUAUUGCUCAAAAUCCAGCAUUCAGAAGUCGCAUGUAUUCAGUCCUUAAAGAAGUACUCUACAAGAAUGCUGAGCUUUCAGAACAAAUUAUGCGCGACAAUUUGCCUCCAGAAAAAUCUGAAGAUUAUAUCAUGUCAUUGUUGAAUCAACUCACUGGUGCAGAUCCAAGUGACAUCACUGUGGAUACAUCGCUGUUAUCCCUUGGCAUGGAUUCCAUGUUAGCCAUGACUCUACGUAAUCAUAUUUUCCAGGAACAACAAGUAGAUAUACCACUUGUGAAACUGCUUGAUCCUAAUACUACAGUUCUCUCAUUAGCACUGCUUUUGGAAGAAAGAUCUGAAGAAAACAAAAAAUCUGGGAUAGAACACCAUGUGAAACAGAAUACUGAAGGAGAAAGCUGGAGUACUUUUUUGUAA